AAUUGAAAAAAAAAAAAAAAAAAAAAACCCGCGAGGUUUUGUAUGGGAGCGUAUGUGUGGGACUCACGAGUGUAGCGAGUUUUUUAUUUGAAAUAAUAGUAAACACACUGAAUUAGCGUAGUAGUGAGUAAAUUGCCCAGCCUUUCGACUCGACGGGUUCGCUGAGCGUAGAAACGCUGGGACUACAAAGCCAGACGAUGUCGGAAGGGAUGCAGUCGCUGCACGCUCUAAGAAGAGCACCAGUAAGAAUGAGAUACUUGAAAAAAGCUUCAAGUCAGAGAUCACCAUUUAUAUGGACAAAGAAUUUAAAUGAAACUUUUAACCUGGAUUCUCCAGAGUUACGUUGUGACACAGUUUUUGGUUCUCCUGGUCUUGCUAAUAUGUCUACUCCAAAACGCAAACUAAUUUCUACAAAAGAGAAUAAUCAGGUGUUUUCACAAUCGGAAGAAAACAAGAUUCUUGGUGGGACUAAAGAAACUUCUGAAGGUGAUUUAAUCAUCUUGAAAGAUUAUGAAGAAGACUCUGAUCACUCUGCUGAUAUUCAAAUGCAAGGAGCAGUAGAAAGGGUAAAUUCAGAAAAUGUGGCUGCAUUUGAGAAGAAUACUGAAAAACGUUGUGAUGCGGUGUCACAAUUUAAGAAAGUUGCUAAAGCUCCUUCCUCACAAAGGAAACCAGAAAAUAAUGGGGAAUGUUCCAUGUUUCAACAGAUGUUGAAGAAAAAUUGCGCUUCACCAAGUGUCAGAUCAUGUCAACUUUUGGACCAAGAGGUACCUAUUCCGCAUAGAUUGCUAUAUCCUUGCGAAGAGUUUAAUAUUUUAGAAGACAUCCAAAGGGAAGUAAAGUCAGGGUUUAAGACAUCAUCUAGAAGCUUUGGAAAAAAUGAUUCUCAUAAAUCCAUAAGACAUAAUAAAGAUAAACAAAAUUCAUUAAGUUGGGCACAGCUGGAAGAGGAAAUUUCUGCAACAACUUAUGUAACCCAUGAUGCACCAGAAACAGAAGGACCCCAUUCACCAGUUCAUUUGGAUAGAGUAUUGAAUCCUAGAAAUGAACAUAUUCUCACCUUGCCCCAAAAUGAUCAUUUGAACACACACAAUAAUAAAAAAAAGGACAAGAAGGAGAAAAAUGUCAAUGACACCUAUCUUCAAGAUAAUGGAGAACAACAAGAGUCUUCAUUUAAGGAUCCAGAUAAACAUGGAAAAGCUCCCAAGUUUUGUCAGAUGUUAAAGAAAAGCAAUGCCUUAAUACAAAAAAAUAAAGAAGACUGGAUAUGUGAUUCCCCCAAUAUAAAUAGCCCAGAAUUUGAUGAAGACUUUUUAUUUGUGGAGAAUAUUAAACCAAUUUCCAUUCCUAGGAAAACCAGCCUUGCUGAGAUGUUAGACCUCGUAGAAAAUGCGGAGUUACGGGAUCUGGGCAGUACAUCAGAAGAGCACCAGACCAUCCCUAAUAAGCAAAAACAUUGCCUAACACCACAAAAUGUUUCAAGGCAAUUAUUUACAAAGGAAACCAGAAAGCGAAGAAAUAAUUUAAAUGUUAAUUCAGAGGAGGUCUCUAAGAUAACAGCUAAAAAAACAAAAAGAGCCUCAAAAUCAAACACAAGUAACCAAAUUAAGACGAGCGUCAAUGCUGAUGCAACAUCCAAUUCUUCUUCAUGCAAAAGGCAAAGAAAAUGUUCAGUCAAAUCAGGAAAUUCUAAAAAGAAAAAUAAAAGACAAAUGCUUCCAUCAUUGCAUGAGGAUAAUUAUGAGGAAAUUUUGAAACCUGUGGUCUCGCGGGCACCAGGAAAGCGAAUUGUGAAAUCACCAGGAAUGUGGUGGAUUUCAGAAAACACCAAAACUACAUUCCAUAAUGAUCUGUCGAACUGUGAAACGCCUCACCGCCAUUGUGUCUCUGAUACAUUGAAAAGUGAUGAUAUUGACAAAGAAGCAGCCAAUACAAAGAAUGAAAAUAUUGUGAAAGAAAAGAAGAAUAUUAAAAAUGAGAGUUAUAUAUCAAGAAGACGGAAAAAUCCUGUACCUCUAAAAAUCCAGAAGUCAGAAGUGGCUCAUUCUGUUGACACUGACUCAGAAAGUACUUCAUCUUCGAUUGCAAAACACAAUGAAAGGAAGGUCAAGCCAAAUAAAAAAACAAUUAAGAAAUGCACUAAACAGUCCAUUUUAAAGAAGCAAACUCUGCACAAAAUGUCUGAAGCUUAUUGUCUGAGUAAGGAUGAUAAUCAGGUUCUGAAUAUGGACAUGGAAGAUAACAGAAACAGUAAAACAUCCGCUGAUGGACCUUCUAAAAAACGGCCCAAGUCUCAGAUUAACUCAAAAAAAAAUGUAGUCAGCGUUCCAAAUUUUAGAACAUCUCUGGCAUCAUUUAAGAAUGUAUUUGACAGCUGUUCAAGCCCUCCUUUAGAGACCAGAAGUAAUCCACCAUUGUCCUCAUCACUCAACAGAAUUUGUGCAGUGCCUGGAACGGCCUUGGAUUUUCAGAAUGACCAUUUGUUAUCUGAAUCUUGCGAUGCAGAAAUGAGUAAUGAUUUGUAUAGCCAACAUGUACAUGAUGCUCAUGAACAAGCAUCAGAUCAAGAAAAUAUGGGAACACGUGUGAAGAUUAUGAAAGCAAAACCUGGCACCCAUCUUCAUUUAUUGUUGAAAGACAUUAUGAGGCAAAGUAGUGGGGUUGCCCCUCAAGAGUCUGUUCAGUUCCUUAGCAAUGGUGUUGGAGAGCGUGAAGAAGAAGAAUUUGCUUUGGAUUUGACUGGCCAUAAUCCACAGUUUAAAUCGGACUGCUUCAGUGACACUGAGAAACAGCAGCUUCUCUGCUGGCUUCAAGGUGCAUUUAGAACCUAUGGGACUGUCGGUAUUGGUCCCGCUGGUGCAAACAAUGAGAGAGAUAUAUUCACUGGAGUUGAUUAUAUUAAAAAAAUGACAUUGGAUGGUUUUGAAUGGAGUAGAGGUGAAAACUCGUAUGUGGCAAUAAGUAAGGAUUUUAUAAAUUCUAAAUUCAUACAUGGGAAAGUGCUGCUUGGACCACUUAUUAAGAAAGAACAGUCUGUCCCAGCCUUACCAAUGGUAUUCACUAUUCUGCUUGGUGAUAUUCAUGUACAGAUGGGUAAACAAGAGUUCCCUUUAUCAGCAGGUGAUAUUUUUUAUGUUCCCAAAGGAAGAGUGUACAGCUUACGGAACAUGCGCUGUGAACCUGCAGUAGUUUCUUACACUGUUAUAAAAUAAAAAUGUUAUAUUGUGUUAAACAGUAAAAAUAAUAAUUCUGAUCAUUUGUUUUCUGUCAUAUUUUAAUGAUGUAGACUUUGACUUCCCACUAUCUUUUUAAUGGAGAAAAGAGUGUAAAAACAUGGUUGGAUUUUAGAAAUGUUUUUAUAGUGUAAUUGUUAACUGUUGUCAUCUUUGCUAAUUCAUAAUUUUAUUUCAUUGUUAAUUUUUGUACAGUUUUUGAGUGUUUUUUUUCUAAAGCAAAUUAAAAUAUUUUACAGUUUACUAUUUGUGAAAGUUUUUGACUGCUUAUUGUAAGUAUUUGUUUUUUUGGUUUUUGAACAAUUUGUCAAUAAGGUUUCCAAUCCCUAUGUAGAGCUUGUUAAAAUUGUCAUCAUUGAAAACAAAUUAAAAUUUAUUGGCAAUAACUAAA